UUCUCACUCUGCUCCCCCAUCUCCGCCAUUCCUCUUAUCCUCCCUCGGCCUGUCAUGCACUGACGCAUAUUGAUUCGUGAUCGCGUCCCUAAUAUAAUAAGGAUUCGGGGAACGACGAUUCUUCGUGGAUCGGCCAUGGACGUGUGGGCUCUCAACCUCAAGACCGCAGGAGGGUUAUUCGUCCUUGGGGCGACCAGGAAGCACGAUAGGGGGGGCUUGAUGGCGCUGCGGUGGGCCGCCGCCGGGUGGAGGGUCGUCGGCGGCGAUGAUUCCCUCUCCGGAGGGAUAGAGGUUCGUGUGAGACUGAGGAGGUCCAGUUCGUCUGCGUCCGGGAUCCGGUCGGUUGUGGUGAGGGCCAGCGGAAAGAAGAAGAACGACCACGGAAACCACUCUUCUUCUGGGAAUAGUGAUUCUUCAGUUCCUGAAGAAGAUGAUCUUGAUGGAAACAUUCCACAUUACAACAAAUCAAAAUUCGAUGACUCCACUAUGUCCAAUCAUUCAUUGUCAGAUUGGCGAGAUUUCAGAGCAAAUCUUGUUGCCCAGGAGCAGGAGCAACUUAUCGACUCUGGCACUGCUUGCAAGGACACGGCCUCAAUUGAGCCACCCCAACGGCUUGGUCUGAAGUGGGCACACUCUAUUCCUGUACCGGAGACUGGAUGUGUAUUAGUUGCCACAGAAAAGCUUGAUGGAGUCCCCAGCUUCGAGAGAACUGUUGUCCUUCUUCUCAGAUUAGGAUCGAGAGACUCUAGAGAUGGUCCCUUUGGAGUCAUUCUGAACCGGCCUCUGCAUAGGAAGAUCAAGGACAUGAAACCAUCAAACAUUAACCUUGCAACCAUCUUCGCAGACUGUUCUGUUCAUUUUGGGGGACCGCUUGAGGCUAACAUGUUCCUGUUGAGGAUGGGCGUUGGAGCACCGCUUCCAGGUCUUGAGGAGGUGAUCUCAGGUGUUUGCUUUGGUGGCAGGAACAGCCUCGGUGAAGCUGCUGCGCUCGUCAAGAAAGGAGUGCUGAGGCCUCAAGAUUUUAGAUUCUUUGUGGGCUACGCCGGCUGGCAGUUUGAUCAGUUAUUGGAUGAGAUUGAGUCCGACUACUGGGUUGUCGCCGCCUGCAGCUCACAUCUGAUCGACGGAGCAACUGUGGGUGGUCCUUCUUCAUCAAACUUGUGGGAGGAGAUUUUGCAGCUCAUGGGAGGACAAUAUUCCGAUUUGAGCAGGAAGCCAAAACAAGAUAACUCCUAAGAGAUUUAUUUGUGAUGCAUUAAGCAAAGGUUACAAGUGAGCUAUCUGUACAGGAUUUGCUUAAACACAAAGUAACUGUUGUCAAUUUUCUGUUUCCUUUUCAAAUAAAAAGAUGUACAUAGUGUCUUUGUUUUUGUUA